AUGAAGAGAGAUGUCCAUCGCGCGUUGGAAUUGCUAGAAGAGUAUCAUGCAGACCUGAUACGAACCUCUGAUGUCGAGCUCAAGUACAACAUUGAGCGAGUAGUAAACUCUUUCAAGAGCGGGCUUUUUAGUGCAUUAUGUGGUAGGUUUGCUUUUAAAUUUGCUUCUAAAUUUUAAAAUCUAAAUUCAACAUCACCUGUUUUUCGCAGUAAAUCGAAAAGUAAAUAGGAAAAAACCAAAAAUUGCAUAAAGUGCACUUUUUCUCAAUUUUUGAUUUAAAUAGGCAUAACCGUCUUUUACAAUAAAAAAUCUAAAUUUAAGUUUUUACGACCAAAAAAAUCACCAAGUCCAAACGUAUGUUUGCAGAUAUCCAAGAAUUCUACGACAACAUUCUUCUGAAUCCAAACAUCUCGUUUGUUCACAAAACAGUAGAAGCACGCAAGUUUGCUGAUCGAUGGGAUGGAACCAGUGCGUAUUUUAAUGCUUUCAGCGUAAACAAAGUUUUCGCACCUCUCUAAACUAGCCUGUUUGUGCAUAUAUUUGGGUAACAAAAUAUAUUUCAGAUGCCAUCUCACAUUCCAUUCCCGUCGCUGUGCCAUCUCAACCUUAUUCUAGGCCAAGUUCCGCGUUCUCAGGUGUACGAUUUGGUACGACUGAGCCUAUUGGUACCGGAAACAUAUUAACCUACAGUGCAGUAAGUAUUCGUAAAUUUUUUAAAAUGAAUUUUGCUUUUAUAAAAAUGUAAACUUUUAGAAAAAUGGUAUUUGGGUCUUACUGUAUAUAUUUGGGCACAAUAGACAAUAUUAAAAGGCCAUAAAAUAUAAAUUAUGUUUAAAAUUUCAGUCUCGAGACCCUCAGGUAGAAGACUAUGACAUCUUUGAAAUUGUCAUCGACGCUUCCCAAGCUGGCCUCGGCUUCUCAAUCAGCGGAGGAUCGAAUCGCCCUCCGGCUCCAGAUCAGCAUAUUCGAGUGACCGAGAUCAAAGAGAAAGGAGCCGUCUGGAGUGACGGCAGGGUUCGUAUUGGCGAUGUCAUUCUACGCGUUAACUCCACGGAUGUAACAAAUGUACCUCAUGAAGUAGCUGUCGCCGCUUUAAAUAGUACUGGUGAACGUGUCACUCUUGUAAGUUAACAUUCGUGCUGUUUAGUCAAAAAGUUUAUAGAACCAAUGUUUUUUACAUAUUCAUAAUUAGGUAAUUUUUAUUUUUGACUAAUUCUUUACAAUCAAUAUUGUUUUAGCUGAUCAAGCGCGAUCGUAAUAUCCGAAGCCUGAGCCAUACCAACUUGUCUCAGCCGCCAUCACAGCCAGCCUUCGAUUUCAAGCCCGUCCAUCGAUCAAGUAAGCACCCACAAUAACUGUCACGACCUUUUAGGAUCUCUUCAUCAACUGCCACAACCCACAUUGACCGGUCGGCCGGUGAGUCGCCAGUCCUUCGGAGCUCCGGUCGCUUAUCCUCAACCACCGCCAGCCUUCCUCACCGUCCCCCGCCGUGUGCUUCUACGCAAGGGAAACCAAGGCCUCGGCUUCAACAUCGUCGGUGGAGAGUCGGGCGAGCCCAUCUACAUCAGUCAAGUCAUGCCCAACGGGGUGGCUGCCUUAAGCGGGAACGUCAAAAGGGUAACUAAUUUGAGUUAAUCUAUGUAUGCGGCUUCUGUUUGUGUUCGCUAUUUGAGUGUUUUAGGGUGAUGUCCUUUUGCGAGUGAAUGAUAUUGAUCUGUCGAAUGCUACACACAACGACGCUGCUCAGGUCUUGAAGUCGAUCCCGCCCAACAGUAACGUGGAUAUGAUAUUACACUACCGACCGGAAGGUGAGAACUUUGGCGCAAUUAAAUGUUUUGAAAACAGUAUAACAAAGUUAUUUUACUUUAUUUUUUAAGAUAACCACGCAUUCCAAAGUUUGUAAAAGGUGAAAUUUCAGAAAGCAGCCAGUUCUUCACCAAACUCCAAAAGCAAAGCCAGCUAACUCUAAAUCAAUAUGGCCGAUAG